GUGCCGACCUCGCAUGCCUGCAAACACCCUCCACGCGAUCGAGACACGGCCCCAACAAGGACGCGACCGUCCCGCCAGCCCACCCAAGCUACACACAUCAAUCGUCUUCGAUCAUCACGACAGCAGCAUCGCCGGCAACACAGGCGGCCACUGCCUCUGGCCAUGGACUCGGCCCCAGACUCGACACUGGCACAGCUCCUCUCCGGCAACCCCGUCGACCAGCUCGCGGCCCUGCGGCGCCUCAAGAACGACAUCGUCGGACACCUCCCGUGCAAGGAGAAAUGGGUGCAACUCGGCGCUCUCCGACCCAUCGUUUCCAUCGUUGGCACCUCGUCAAGCCAUGGAGUCGCAAAUGCUGAACACGACAAGGCGCGCCUGCAAGGCCUGCAAAUACUUGGCAGCUUCGCCAAUGCCGGCCCAUCGUUCAUUCCUCCGCUGCACGCCGCAGGCGCCCUCACAGCAGUAUUGAGCGACAACUGCCUGGGAAGUGGGCAUCCGCAAACGGUGCUCUGGUCGUUGCGCGUACUUCGGGACUUCGCGGCAUCAACCGCGCAGGGGGCUGGCAGCGAGGGCUUUGGUGUAACCGAGCUCGCAGACUCGGUCCUCGUCUCCGGCACGCUCGACAUAUUCGCUCGAAUCCUCGCGCAUGCCACCCCGAGCCGCGAUCUGGACGCGCAGGUCUUCAUAGUCGCCUACCUCAUCAAGAAAUUAUGCUCAGAAGACCGCCAUCAGAUUGCCCUGGUCAAUCAUGGUAUCCUCGACGCCCUUGCCACGAGACUCGCGAGCUUCGCGGUGGCCAAAGGCCAGGUCCUGCCUUACGGCGGGAUCCUUGGCCGGUCUGGUGGUUUAUCAGACUACAUUCCGGCGCCAGCCACGUCGAACGCAAGCCUCGAGAUGGUUUUGUGGGCAAUCUCGGCUAUUGUGACGGACUCGUCCUACCGCGCCUGCAAACUCCUCCUGUCUCCCUCAGUACUGGCAACUUUUCCGGUUGUCGAUAGCGAAGCAGCUGCCUACCCCGAUUCUGCGUCUGAUGCUAUGCGGCUCCCCGGAACACGACCAACGAAACAGACAGAUCAUGACCCCAUGGACUAUUUUCUCCCCUUCAUGCCCAAUCACUCUCGGUCACUGCCAUCCAUGCGAAGCUCGUCCCCAUCUGGUUCGGGUCUGGCCAAGGACGCCUAUGGUGGCAGCGGACGGCCGACUUCGAAGUUCAAUACUACUCUGGGCGGCGCCCAGGCUGGCCCUGGCAGCGCGGACAAACUGGAGACUGUCAGCGAUGUCGCAUUUGAGGAGGCGGAGAGUCCAUUGAUCCCUUGGCUCAUCGGGUUGGUACGAACAGGCCAUCAAGGAGAGAUAUUAUCCGCAGUCUCCGUACUGGCGUCGCUGUUUAAAGCUGGAUAUGCAUAUAAAUCUCGAGAACACCUGUUGAGCGUCUUCGUGAUGCCUGUGUUACUCAACAUUAUUACCGAGGCAUCGAAUUCGACAACCUGCGACAUAGAUACGCCGUUCAAAUCCGAAUACAGGUUUGACCAGCUGGAAGAGGCCCCAGCGAUACUCACACAGCUCCUCACAGACGGCGAAUUCCUUCAAAGGGCAGCCUUCGAAUGUGAUGCAGUCAAGCUCAUCACCACGAUGUUGAAGGGCACAUACGAUACGCCACUACCUGAUGUUGAGUCUCGACCAUGGUCACCAGAGGCGGAGGGCAUGGCUCUCGAUGCCGCAGAUCUCGACGCUUCGUGUCGCCUUGGGAGGAAUGAGGACCGGCGAGUCUUGAUGCAUCGCAUCAGACUUCGGGAGAACUGUCUGAAAGCGCUAGGCGCCUUAGCAUGCUUCAAAGAUGAAUACCGCAAGGCGAUCAUCGACCAAGACGCCCUUGCCUAUAUUGCCGAGUCGCUCAGCGCUGUUCCGGGAGAUCCACGAAAGACCAAAGAUCGCUCGAAGGCCAGCGAGAAGACUCCGAAAGCAGUCAAAGAACCGCCAAUAUCUGGACCACAGAAGAACCCGCCAGGCGUUCUGAUCGCCGCCAGUUACGUGGUGCGGAUGCUCGCUCGCUCGCCGCACAUCCUCCGCACGGCCCUGACAGAUAUUGACGUUACAAUAUCGCUCAUGCAACUCCUCCUGUAUCCCGACAUCAAAGUGCAGAUUGCAGCAACCUAUGUGACCUGCAACCUGGUCGUGGACUUUAGUCCCUUGCGAGAGCCUCUCAUAGAAGAAGGUGUGGUGCCGAUAUUAUGCGAGCAGGCGCACUCGUCAAAUCCAGAGCUACGGCUGAAUGCCUUAUGGGCGUUGAAACACGUUAUACACGACGCGGGUGUCGAUUUCCGGCAAAAUUGCCUCACAGAACUCGGCGCCGAGUGGCUCGUGCAGCUCAUCUGUGACGACAUCGAGGACGAUGCGUUAUACUUGGCACGUGGCAGAAGUGAGGAGACAGACGAGGACAUCGACAUGUCCACUUCUGAAGAUCAGCGUUUCGACUCGGUGUCAGAAAACUUGUACAAGACUUCAUCGCCGCCGCCAUUGACGGCGACACAAUCUGAAGUUCGUCUCUUUCGGCUCGCACAGCUCAGACUCAGCGCGUUGCGCACAGCUGAGACGAGCGAGUCCCGCAAGGCGCGACACAAUGAUCUCGCCAUCCAGGAGCAGGGCCUAUCUUUGAUUCGCAACCUCAUCGCGUCUGCGCACACGGGGAGCAAUGCCGAUGGUGCCAAUGACACGGCUCAGAUGAUCGACCACCUCUUUGACGUGAUAGGCCAGGAGCGACUUUUCGACAUCAUGUCGUCCAAGCUGCGCAGUCGUGUUUCUCAACCCCUAAGGCGCAAGGACAACAACAGUACUUCGUCUGCCACGCGGGGCAGUGGGAACGGCAGUGGUGAUGCUGGCGGUCGCGUGCUUGCCCCUCAGAGCAAGCUCAUCGUGGCCGUCAUCUACAUCCUCGUCCACAUGGCGGCCUCGCUGCCGCGGCACCGGCAGCUCGUCAUCGCGCAGACAGAUCUGCUGCGGACGCUGUCCAAGAUGUUCAACAGCCAGAACCGCGAGGUGCGGCUCGCGCUGUGCCACCUCAUCAACAACCUGACCUGGCAGGACGACGGCAGCGACGCGACCGCGUGCUCCCAGCGCGCCGUGGAGCUGCGCAAGCUCGGGUUCCUGACCAAGCUCGAGGCCCUGGGCCAGGCGGACGACGAGCUCGACGUCCGGGAGCAGGCCCGGUCCGCGCUGUGGCAGAUGAAGCAUGGGUACUAGGAGUCGUCGGCCCCAAUGAUUGAUGUUGGUCGUGCUCUUGGCGCUGGCGUUUUGGUUGCCGAUGGGCUCUCGAUGGAUGAGAGACUGCGCUGGGUUUGCUGCCGGAGCACGGGGGCGUCAGCAGAUCUUUGGGGACGUCUGGCGCGCUGAGGACUUUGAAACUGGCUUGGAGGCGAAAUCCUGUCCCUGAAGAAGCACGUCCUAGUGCCAGGCCAAGGUAGCGGAGGUUUCCGAGGACGAAAACAAAAACAGAACCCAUCAGAAGAUAUAAUAAAUGUAUUCCGAAGAGCGUUGUAUUCUUAAGACGGCCAUGCUAGUUGCAAUCACAAACAAGUCAAUGUUUUAAAGACGUUUAU